CGCUAUGGCUCUUGAUAGCGUGUUAUACCACGUACUGUAUAAGCAAAAAACGCAUGUUUAUCACAUACGUCUGUUAUAUCUGUGAGUUGAUUGUCGAUGCCACUGUUGAAGUCAGCUGUCAAACGUGCGGAAUGUCAAAAAGAUCGAUCAACGACCCGACGGUCCCGACGACGGAUGUUAGUUGAGAGAUAGACCACGCGAAGUGAAAUUUUUCUCCUAACUUGUGUCAUAAACGUUAUCAACGUUUAUGUUGACUUCAGCGUUCAUUCUCAUCCAAGCUGCUUCUUAAAUAUAUAGGGCGUAUAGGCGUGUAAUAAUCUAUGAAUUUAGGCGUAUUCAACAGAGUUAAUCUCAAGGAUUCCCAAGGAGGGAUGUAUUCAGAAUGGGCCUCAUUGAGCACUCUGAUCCAACAAGGCUCGGAGGAAAGCCAGAGCGUAUUGGAGAAAUUCCCUCCUGGUGCAGGCAAGGAGGUCGCACUUUCCAUAGUUCGCCAACUCGCCGCAAACUUGGGCAUCACCCAGGCAGGAGAGCCUAGUCCGCUCUCCACCGACAGAGAGGUUCAAUGGUGCAUGGAGGUGAUAUGUUUUGGUUUAUCGUUGCCACUGGCUGAGCACGACACGGUCAGGGAUUGUGUUAACAUAUACUGCGAGUGGCUGUCAGCUCUAUACUCAACACCAAAAAUCUCCGUACCCAGACCAAUUGUAGAUGACCCAAACUUCUAUGCCAGAAAGAUCAUAAGUCAUUUUCACAAUCUGUUUGUUCCUAGGAAAGGAGAAGUCUGGCCUUUUCUGUAUCAGGAUCUAGGUACAGACACUAUAAAUCGGCAAGCUGUCCUGUGUCAUCGAGUACUUAGAACUUUGCAGCAAAUUGCAAGAGGUCCUGCAACUCUGGAGAGAGAAACAUGGGAGAGCUUACUAUUAUUUCUCAUCGGUAUUAAUGACGCACUAUUAGCACCACCAGCAACUAGAGAAGAUGCAGGAGAACAGUUAUGUGAGAGAGUGCUUGGUGUAUUGCUAGAGGUCUGGCUGGUCUCUUGUGAACGCAGUUUUCCUUCACCUCCGUUAUGGCGAACGUUACGAGAAUCUUGCCUGCGAUGGCGUCACAGAUUGGCUUUAGUAGAGCAAUGGAACCGCGUGUGUCUCGCUCUUACAGCGAGACUGCUGCAUAUUAUGUACGGGCCAAUGUUUCCCGAAUUAAAAAUAAGUGAGGAAGACACGCAGCUAGUACCACCCACUAUGUCAGACGAAGCAGUGGCACAGGCAUGGUACAGAUUGUUGCGUACUAUCGGUGAUCCUGUAGAUUUGUGCAGACCUGCCGUUGUCUCGCAGACACAAGCGUUUCUGCAAUAUGCUAUCGCCAGUCCUAAUGUCAUAGAUCCGUGCCAGCAUCCGUGUUUGCAAAGCUUGCCGCAAAUAUUUCUAAAAGCAAUAAAAGGCAUAGCAGGUCAGGUCGACGCUUUCCUUGGAGUUUCACAGGCAUGCUGUUGGGAGGAAUGUUGCAUAUCCAACGUUACAGGAAAUAGCGGCAUCAGCAGCGGGGGUGUCGGAUGGGACAGAUCGAACAGUAGAGAUCAGCCUCAGCCUUCCCCCACACCCCCAACUCAACGCAGACUUGCCAAAAGUUUCAGUGUCACUCCUUCUGCAGUUACUAAGGGAAUUCCGAAAGCAUCGUUAAUUGGAUUGACGACAAGCCGUGUGACUAGUACACCACCGAUAUUAAUAUCUAAUUCCGGACCAUCAUCUGCUUCAAGUACAGCAUCCAUGACUUCGUUAGGCCAGGAUAUUAGACCUCCUUUAGCUCCAGGACGACCCAAAUGUAACAGUAUACUGCAUCUCUUCGGGGAAUGGUUGUUCGAAGCUGCGUUUAUCGGUACCGAGGGUUGGUCGCAGAAUUUACCACAACCAUCGGGUGCUUCCAAACGUCCAUCUUCGGUACUUGUAGAUGGGCCGAGCUCAUUGCAGGAAACCGUAAGCGAUGUACCAUCGACACUCUGUAUAGAUCGCUAUGAGUCCGGCAGAGCGGAGGCAUUGGGCGCCCUGUGUCGAAUAUUUUGCGCCAAGAAAACAGGCGAAGAGAUCUUACCUGUAUACCUUGCUAGAUUUUACCAGGCGAUGUAUCACGGCCUCAAAGUCGACGAGUCUCGUGAAUGUGGUGAAACAUUGGCGAGUAUUUUGUUGAAUUCAGCUGAUCUGUUUCGCCUCGAUUUGAACGGUAUACAAGUCUUGGUACCAGCCGUAUUAUCCGCUCUGGAGGUGGUUUUACCAGAGAAAGAUUUGAAGCUGAAAUCUAAUAUAGUAUCGAAGCCGGAUUUGAGAAGGGCCUCGAUACAUUUGCUAAUAUCGAUGUUAACGCUGCCUUUGCAUUUUCAGAAUCUCGCUAUUAAGGAGCUUCCGGUAUUCCCAAGCACAAACUUUUCCGAGAAAAGUCCCGUAACAUUUGUACAGUUAAAAUCAAGACUCAUGAAUUUACUCAUAAACGCUUUACAAGUAGAAACUGAUCCUCAAAAUACGCACAUGCUAUUGGGGGCUUUGUUAUUGAGUGUGCAAGAUUCUGCAGCAGCGGAAGAAGUAGAGCAAGUCACACAACCCGAUACCGUAACUAGUGAUUCGACAACUAAUUUGUUAUCUUCAGUCACCAGCGACUCGGCCAGUCAAAUAAGUAUAUCCAGUGAUCAGCGAUCAAUCGGUGAUGCCUCUGACAUUGCAACUCUUCAAGAGGAAUGCAUUGCGUUUGAUUCUGCCCAUGCUCUUUUUGUACGAGCAACGUACUUGGUGUGUCACCGUUUGAUUUCAUCGUGGAAGACCGACUUAAAUAUUUCUCUAGCAGCACUCGAGAUGCUGUCGGGAUUAGCACGUACCCGCAUUCGUGAAACAGCAAGGAAACUCACAGAUGCUCUAGAAUGCAAGAGAGCGGUUAAAUGGUUGUGUGAUUACAUUUCAUAUCAGUGUUGGCGUCCACCCCCGGCGCACUCUAAGGACCUCCAUUCGUCUAUCGUUGCGGCAUUCAGUUGCUUGACAACCUGGCUGACUGCUCAUCCGCAAUUGUUACAGGACAAAGACUGUUUGACCACAGUAUUAGAAGUCGUUGAGCUCGGAGUGUCCGGUACUAAGAGCGUUGGAAAGCCAGGAGAACCCGUUAAAAUGAAAGAUGAAAAGGAGCUAAAACCCGCGUCCAUGCGCGUAAGAGAUGCCGCCGAUGCUCUUCUUACUAUUCUGUUGGAACAGGUUGGCUAUUUUCCAAGUGCCUGCGGAGCACAAUCGCUCUCGUCGUUAUUGGAUGAAGUAUCUCUGCUUCGGCACUGCAACAGCUGGACUGGCGGACGCGUGGCACGACAAGCAGCCGUCGAGAGAUUUCGUUAUUUCGUAUCCGAAAACGCAAUUGUGUUAGCGCUGUUAGAGGAACCGUUGGGAAACGAUCAGGAUCCUCAGCCGACCGUGACAGUUUUAAUUCGCGGACCGUUCGGUAGACACGCGUGGACGAUGCAGCUCCGUCAUUUACCGCGUCAUAGAUCCAGCAUUAGAAGUAUAAACAGCAAUCCUGGGCGACCCUUACCGUUGGCUGAAGCCGCACCGCGAACUGAUUACAAACCAAGAUUCUUUCCAGAUAAUGUUGAUCGUAUUCCUCACUGUAAAGUGGAUGAAUCGAUACCAAGUCUCGAGGCAGUUAUGAGUGAUAAUGACGCGGUGAGAGACGAGCAUCAGAUCCUUGCGCAACUCUUAGAACGUCAGAUAACGCUCGAAUCGAAGCAUGACAAUGGUAAUGUAAAAGCUGCAGAAGACAAAACUGAUGAAUGUGUACCGCCCCAGGUUUGUCACGAAUUCCAAACGGCUCGUUUGUUCUUGAGUCAUUUUGGUUUCUUAAAUAUGGAACCUAAGGAGAAUGAUGAAUCUAGAAAUAGCGGACUAAUUGCUCUAGAUCCAACCAUCCCUGGAUUCUGUACGGAGUUGGAGACUCUGGACAAUAUUAGUCCACGAACGUGCGACACUGUUCAUAUUUUUUAUGUGAAAGCAGGUCAAAAGUCUGCCUUCGAAAUAUUAUCAAAUGUGCUACAUGAUGAGAAUGUAUCGCCAAACUUCUUGGAAUUCUUAAGCUCUCUUGGUUGGCCCGUUUCCGUAUCUACUCACGCAGGUUGGACGGGUCAUGUAUCGACUUCAUGGAGAGUGACAGCGCAAGUGAACGUGCCACAGCCAGCUCACAGUAAUCAUGGCGGGGCGCUUUACAAUGGUGACACUCACGUGCUGUAUUGGGCAGAUGUGAGUUCGGAAAUUGCUUUUGUCGUGCCUACGCAAUCGUAUCUCAUGGCCAGCUCGGAUUCGUUAGAGGAAAAUAGUUAUAAUAGCGAUAUUAGCACCAGUGGACAAGUGUGGUUUGAACGGAGCAUCAGUGAAAGCACGGAUACUCGCAGCAGCGGAACAUCACAAAACACAACACAGAAUUCUAGAACGAUGUCGCUCGACCUGGAGAAACAACCAUCGAGCUUACCGGGAGUAGGUCCGACGAAUUCUUCGAGUGCAGAUCCCAUUAGGCCUAGGAGAACAAUGAAGCAAGCUGUGCCAUCUCAAACUAAUACAAAGAUCAUGGUUGUGUGGUUGGAAAGUCUGGAGGAUCAUAUCCAGUUCCCGAUUGGCGAUUUGCUACCUUCCACUUAUACCGGACUGGAACAAUCGAGAAUGCUACAAACAACCGAUGUGCACGUUAUUUUUCUUCAAGCUCUGGCUAACGGAUUGAUGCGAGUCAGAUUGCAGGGACCGGUUUCUAGAAUUAAUUUAGCAACGCCUUUAAUUGAUGGCAUGGUAGUGUCAAGAAGAGUUUUGGGGACUCUAGUUAGACAAACGGCUCUUAAUAUGGGUCGUAGAAAAAGGCUUGAUAACGAUAGUUAUCAUCCACCGCAUGUACGAAGACGUCUAAAAAUUCAAGAGAUGGUACAAAAAUAUAAGAGAAAUUUAACUGAUCCAGAGUUAUUGACACUAUUAUUCAGCAGCACGCAAACUUAUCAAGUGAAAUAGAAAUUUUCAAGAAUCUCUAUGAACU